AUGGUAUAGUUCACAAUAUUUGGAAUUAUGUAGUGAGGGAACAGCAUCUAUAUCGCGGAAAGAUGGAAACAGUUAUCAGUGAUAGUACUGAUUGGAGAGACGACAAAUCUAAUCGUGAAUGUUUGUCAUACAUGUUAAAGCAUGAACUAAUGUGUGAUGUCAUAUUCCUUGUUGGAAGUGAGAAAAAAUCCAUACCAGCCCAUAGAGUAAUUUUAGACAGCAGAAGUCCUGUUUUCUAUACUAUGUUUGAAGGUUCACUACCAGAGAAAGGAGAAAUUGCUGUACCCGAUAUUGAGGAAAAUACGUUUCGAGUACUUCUGCAGUACAUAUACUGUGAAGAAGUAAAAGUUACAUCUGAAAAUAUGCAAGAUUUGUUGUAUGCUUCUGAUAAGUAUAUGUUGUUCAAAGUCAAGUCAGAAUGCGAAAAAAGAUUGAAAGAAACCGUUAACACGUCUGAUCCUUUGAAAACCCUUCAAACUGCAAUGGAAUUCAACAUGGAAGAACUAAAAUCAGAGAGUCUUUGGUACAUAAAUGUUUAUAUUCAGAGUUAG